ACGCUUUCAAUAUACGCCACUGAUAUACGCAGAGUUGGGAUUACGUGUUUAUUGACGAGUGUUUAGUAAUGGUCGGGUCCUCGUUUCAAUCCCGGCCCUUGUCUUCGUAUAUUUUACCGUUAAGGGAAAUUUAAAAAAUUUAUUGUUUAGAGAAGUUUUAGACGCCUAGUGUUAUAUUCAGUGUUUGAUCAAGAUUAAGCAUAAAUUUCAAGGAUUUUUUAGAGAUAUCAUACUGAUAUAACCUGACGUUUUUAAAAGUGAAACUUGUUCAACGAUGCUGCGAUCGCAAACGGAAAUUCCUGAUGUGUCGAGCGACUUUUUGCGUAGCUGCCACGGUGGAGACGUGCGCAAGGUGGAGGCUCUAGUUGAGAAACACGGGAUUCGCGACUGGAGCGAUUUUCGUCACGCGGCGUCCGGCGAUACCGCGUUGCACGUGGCCACGCGAGAGGGUGAUAUGAACAUCGUGAGAUACCUGUGCGAACGUUUCGACAUGCCGGCAUUUAAAGUCAACGUCGCCAACAAAGACAUGAAGAGACCAUUGCACGAAGCGGCACAAUUCGCACAGAAAGACAUUUUAAAAUAUUUACUGACUAAAGGUGCAUCAGUAGAUGCUUUAAAACGCGGCGACUGGACACCUCUGAUGCUUGCGUGCACCAAAAGUGGUCCUGCAGCGCGUCAAUGCAUCAAUACCCUUUUAGCUGCUGAUGCUAACGCAUAUUUACGCAAUAAAGAUGGUUGGACGCCAUUGCUCAUCGCCUGUCGGGCUGGUGAUGAAAAUGUGGUUGAUAUAUUACUGAAGCAUUUGCCGAAAUGCAUCGAUGAUCGAAGCAACAACGGUCGCAGUGCGUUGCAUAUUGCUGCAUUUCACGGUCAUGAAAGAGUGAUCAAUUUGCUCGUCUCAUCAAAUGCAAAUCUUCUCAAUGCACGGGACUCUUCAGGCUCCUCGCCACUUCACGAAGCAGUAAAACACGGAAAUUUGAAUGCGGCAAAGUGCAUCAUAUCUCUGGGCGCCGAUGUCAAUCUUGUGGACAAUAUCGGUCAAACUAUUCUGCACGUUGCCGCAUUAACUGAUAAUGCGGAAGCUGUUGAGUACAUUUUGGAGCACAAUCUAAUUGACGCGAAUUGCGAGGCUUUUUUUGGAAUUACGCCGCUUAUGUUAGCCCGUAGGAACGAUCACAGCGACGUCAGUAAUAUUCUCAUUAUACAUGGCGCUAAAUAAUAAAAUACAUACAUAAUAAAUACUUGUUGUUAUUAUAUCUUUUCACAAUUUUUCUUUACAUCUUUUGUAAUUAAUAAAUUGCACGAGGAGUUGAAAACAUAAGUGAUACAAGAUAACAUUUUUAUCAGUUCGAUACCUUUUGUGUCUCGCUUAUAACUAAAUUUGUUUGUAUAUGUAUAUAUUUUUUAAAUAUGUUUUCCGGAUUUUAUUAAAGUAUAAUAAUCUGAUCUUCUUACUGUAAUUAUGACUAAGGAUGAAAGAAAGACUGAGGCGAGUGGCAUUUUA